UUCUCACUCACUCUCUCUCUCUCUCUCUCUCUCUCUCUCUUUCUAGGGUUUCAGCCAAAGAAAAGAGAGAAAAAAAGAAAUUGAAAAUGCAGCAAGAGAUGAUGAUCACGGGAUCCAUCAAAUCAGAGCCGUUCACUUCCCCAGAUCGACGGUUCCAACAAUACCUCAGCAGCGGUAGCAUCGAUCUCUUCGGUCUUUAUUCCCCAAAGAACCCCACGGUCACAUCACCAGCAUCACUGACCCCUUCCUCCAUCUCCUUCGACGACGAAUCUGAAGACCAUCACGACGCUGCCGCCAUCACCGACACCCAGCUCUACCUCGCCCGUCUCACUCUUCAGUACCGCCAACUCGCUGACCGCUAUGACCUUUGCCUCUCCCACCUCCAAGACGCCGCCGACGAGCUCGAAUCCCUUCGUCAAGAGAAUGCCGAGCUCCGCAUCGCCAAGAACGACCUCGCCAAACGUCUCUCCGAGAUCCGCAACGGCCGAGCCAUCGUGGACGAGUUCCGAAGACUCCGGUUAGCGGAAGAGGGCACCAGCCCAACCAGCGUCCUCGGCGGCAGCUUCUCUCACGCCGAGAAGCGUGUCACACUCCCCAAGAGCAUCUCCAUUCGUUCUAGCGGUUUCCUCAAGCUCAACCCCACCGGUCGCCCCUCCGGCCCUUCAUCAUCUGCCCGCUUCUCUCAGCAGCAUCAGCAUCAGCAUCAGCAUCAGCAUCAGCAUCAUCAUCAGCAGCAUCAGCAGCACCAGCAGCAUCAGCAUCAACAUCAGAAGGUGUACUUGGGCACAGGAGAUGAAGAGAAGAAAAGUGAUGUGGAAGUAGAGGUGUACAACCAAGGGAUGUUCAAGACGGAGCUUUGCAACAAAUGGGAAGAGCUUGGCGAGUGCCCAUACGGCGAACACUGCCAGUUCGCUCACGGCAUCAGCGAGCUCCGACCAGUGAUCCGCCACCCACGCUACAAGACCGAGGUUUGCCGCAUGGUUCUCUCCGGUGAUACUUGCCCUUAUGGCCAUCGUUGCCAUUUCCGCCAUGCUAUCUCCCCCUCUGAUCGCCUUAAUUAACUAUAUACACCAUGCACCACCACCACCCUCCCUUUUUCAUAUAUGCACAGAAUAAAACCCUUAAUUUUAGACAUAUAUUAGAGAACAUUAAUCUUCAUGAUUUUGGAGUUGGGACAACAACAACUUCCUUAAUUUCUUCUUCUUCUUCUUCUUCUGAUCUUCAAUGCAUAUAUAUAUAUAUAUAUACAUUUCAUCAUCCCAGAUAUAAUAUACGA